UUUUUCUUCGCAUCAGGACCAGGAGCGAACAGUGCGAGAACGAUUUUCAAUGCGCAAAGACUGUCGUCGCGAAAACAGUUCAAAACAAAACUUUGAUAAAUGAGCCGCUUAGUGCAGUGAUAACGUCUCGAUACUUUGCAGAAAUCUUGCAAUACUCGGUCACUAGUUGUAAUAUACAAUUUGGAAAUCCUAAUCUUUUAAAUUAAAGUGAAAAUGUUCGCAGUUUCCCGUGCAGCGAUCAGCAAUCUUCGAAUUGCGCAACCAAGGGUAGCUACGAUCCGGGCUAGGAAACAGUUUGCGGGUGGAUCGUUUUGCAGCCGUCGUUGGUUCACAAAAAAGGAAUCCCUUUCAGCCAAAGCAUCCGCGCCAGCAUGUCCCCCUCCGCCGCCACCUGGCCAGAAUUCCACCAAUUCCUACAUUUUCGGGGCCAUUGCUCUGACUGCCGGCGGUUUGGGUCUGGCCUAUGCCAUGGGACUGUUCGAUGGAAAAGAGUCUCCCAUAGUGGAAAAAGCGGAACCCACGGUAGCAGAGCAACCAAAGAAGAAAACCAAGUUACCAUUCCCAGCCUCCUCGAAAGACCUCCCCAGUGAGGUGCCAUACCUGCUGAUCGGCGGUGGAACGGCCAGCUUUGCUGCGUUCCGUGCCAUCAAGGGCCACGAUGCCAAGGCGAAAGUCCUGGUCAUUACAAAUGAAACGGAGCUGCCAUAUAUGCGGCCACCCCUGUCGAAAGAGCUUUGGUUCAACCCGGAGGACAAAGCUCAGCUGGAACCGUUGAAGUUCCGACAGUGGAACGGGGUGGAAAGGAGCAUCUACUUUGAGCCGGAUGACUUCUACAUAGAUCCUACGAAGCUGAUGGAGUCCCCCAAUGGAGGUGUCGCUAUAGCUAGGGGAUACGAGGUGCAACGGAUAGAUGUCGUCAAUAGGAAGGCGAUUCUGACGGACGGAACUGAGAUCAAGUAUGGCGAAUGUCUUCUGGCGACGGGAGCAAGACCCAAGAACCUGCCAGUGUUUGAAUCUGCCCCAUUGGCAGUCAAGGAGCGCGUCAGUAUGUUCAAAGCCGUUAGCGACUUCGAGGAACUUACCGAAAAACUUAACGAAGGAAGCAAGAUUGCCAUCAUCGGUGGAGGAUUCCUGGGAAGUGAGCUCUCAUGUGCUUUGGCGAGAUGCAGCGAAAUCCGCAAUAAGAACUUCGAGGUCUAUCAGCUGUUCCACGAGGAAGGCAAUAUGGGCAAAAUCUUGCCGGAAUAUCUGAGCCAAUGGACGACGGAGCGUGUUCGGGAGGAAGGCGUCAAAGUGUGGCCCAAAAUCCAGGUCAAGGCAGCGGAAGUCCAGGAUAAGAAACUGAAACUCACACUGACCGACGACAGCUGUCUAGUUGUAGAUCACGCAAUUGUGGCCGUUGGUUCGGAACCGAACACCGAUUUGGCUAAGACUUCCAACUUGGAAACGGAUCCGUCGAUGGGAGGUUUCGUAGUGGAUGCCGAACUGCGGGCCCGGUCACAUCUGUACGUGGCCGGAGAUGCGGCCUGUUUCUUCGAUCCCAAGCUGGGCCGACGGCGAGUGGAACAUCACGACCAUGCCGUCGUCUCGGGACGGCUCGCCGGGGAGAACAUGGUCGGUCUGAAUAAACCUUACACGCAUCAGAGCAUGUUCUGGUCGGACCUAGGUCCUAAAAUCGGCUACGAAGCGAUCGGUAUUAUCGAUUCUGCGCUACCCACCGUGGCUGUGUUCGCCAAGUCUACUCCACCACAAACCAUUCCGGACACCAGUGAAAAACUGCAAGCCGCCAACGCUUCGGUUAUGCCAGCUAACUCGAACGGUGGAGAAUCUUCUUCUUCGGUACUAAGCAAUCCGAAUGUGGUCAAAGCAGAGCAGAAGCCUGCACCGCCAGCCGAGGAGGACCAGGAGGACUUCAACAAGGGCGUCAUUUUCUACCUCAAGGACGAGAAGGUCGUCGGUGUGCUGCUGUGGAAUGUGUUCAACCGGAUCGGGACGGCUCGAAGGAUCGUUGCCCAACACACGCGGUACGACGAUUUGAACGAAGUGGCGAAAUUGUUCAACUUGCACGAACGACCGGAGGAACCGGAAGCAGAAGAAAAAGAACAAUAAGUAGAGGACUUAAGUUACAUAGGGAAGUUAAAUUUCUGUUGCUAAAAUUGUUUUGUAGAAUCUAGCGGUACUUAUGAUGAUGGGUAGUCGCUGGAUUACCUAUUUGUUACUGAUCAGCAUUUUUUUCUUUUGUAUAAAUAUUCCUACAUCGUGUGCAUAGUCGGUCGAAUAAAUUAUCAGUAUGAAACAAGUGAUUCUAUAAUGUUCCUUAGAAAACCAUUCCUAAGAAUGUCACUGUCCAGUAAACUAUAUAUUUAAGAUUACAUUGAAAAAAAAGCUAGGUAAAGACUAGUGACUGUAGCAGGCUUCCGAAUUCUCACUCACUCUCACGAUAAUGGAUUUAUCCCUCACAGCAAUUUUCAGCGAUUAGCUGCUUUGCGAUUUUAUCCGUCCACAAAACAAAGCGAAAAUAGAUAAUUGCACAUUUCCGCAGCUGUGAGAAGUUUUUUCUCUCUUUCUCCGCUCAUGGAGAACUUUUCCUGUAUGCAUCGCCACAAGCAGCAAUUGCUUUUAUGCACCAAAUUAACCACUCCUUUCGUCAAGUUGGUGUGGUAGUAUGGUUAGCGUGCACGCAUCGCGGUUGUUUUUAGCAAUGUUCUAGGUUCGAAUCCCGUCGCCGACACUAGUUUGUGUUUAUCCAUAUAGUGAUAAUUCUCGGGAGCAGUUGGUGAGCGAAAAUAUGAUGGA